AAAAAGGCCAUGAAAACCUACAAAUCAAAUAAAAAAUGAUCUAUCAGAUAAGAUCCUCAAAUCGCGAUCGGAUUUCUACACGUUUUAUAUCCCCUCUAUUAAUUUAUAAACCCCAAACCUUACAUUGAAACACAACAAACUUGAUCCAAUCAUCCAAACAAAUACAUUACCGUCCUCCGUCGCAUCGCCGCCGUGGAGUUAUAAAUACCUAACUUUCACUCACCGACUCUUACUAUUUCAAGUAACCUCAAGCCUAUUUCGGCGAUCGAAGUUGCUCGCUACAUUCGCACAAAUCUCCAAGUCAGAUAUGGCGAUUUCGAUACCGUUUCGUCAGUUAUUCAUUGACGGAGAAUGGAGAGAACCUGUUAGGAAGAAUCGCAUCCCUGUCAUCAAUCCUGCUACCGAAGAGAUCGUCGGGGAUAUACCAGCAGCUACCGCUGAGGAUAUUGAUAUUGCUGUGAAAGCAGCACGCAGAGCUCUUAAACGUGAUGGAGGAAAAGAAUGGGCAUCAGCUUCUGGGGCUCAUCGUGCAAAGUAUCUUCGUGCCAUUGCUGCAAAGGUUACUGAGAAAAAGGAUAAGUUCGCUAAGCUUGAAGCCAUUGAUUGCGGAAAACCACUUGAUGAAGCAGCAUGGGAUAUGGAUGACGUUGCUGGAUGUUUUGAAUAUAAUGCUGAUCUUGCUGAAGCUUUGGAUGCAAAACAAAACGCACCUGUUAAUCUUCCAAUGGAUACCUUUAAAUGCCAUAUCAUCAGGGAACCAAUUGGUGUUGUUGGGCUGAUUACUCCAUGGAAUUAUCCUUUGCUAAUGGCUACUUGGAAAGUUGCAUCUGCACUGGCUGCUGGGUGUGCUGCAGUACUUAAGCCAUCAGAGUUGGCAUCUGUCACGUGCCUGGAAUUAGGCGAAGUAUGCAGGGAGGUGGGGCUGCCCCCUGGUAUUCUCAAUAUUGUGACGGGAUUGGGUCCUGAAGCAGGUGCUCCUUUGGCUGCUCACCCUGAUGUUGAUAAGAUUGCUUUCACUGGUAGCAGUGCUACAGGAAGCAAGAUUAUGACUGCUGCAGCUCAAAAUGUUAAGCCUGUUACACUUGAGCUCGGAGGAAAGAGUCCAAUAGUUGUGUUUGACGAUGUUGACAUUGAUAAAGCUGUGGAGUGGGCACUUUUUGGUUGCUUCUGGACUAAUGGACAAAUCUGCAGUGCAACUUCUCGCCUUAUACUGCAUGAAAGUAUUGCCAAAGAGUUUCUAGACAAGCUUGUAAAGUGGGCUAAAAACAUCAAGAUUUCUGAUCCAUUGGAGGAAGGUUGUAGGCUCGGACCUGUGGUUAGUGCUGGACAGUAUGAGAAGGUGUUGAAGUUCGUUGAAACAGCCAAAAGGGAAGGUGCUACCGUUUUGUUUGGAGGGAAGCGUCCCCAACAUUUGACAAAAGGGUUCUAUAUGGAGCCAGCCAUCAUUACUGAUGUUACCACAUCCAUGCAAAUUUGGAGAGACGAAGUUUUCGGACCUGUCCUCUGUGUUAAAACAUUUUCUACAGAACAAGAAGCAAUCGAACUAGCAAAUGACACCCAUUAUGGAUUGGGUUCUGCUGUUAUAUCCAAUGAUUUGGAGCGGUGUGAUCGCGUGGCAAAGGCUUUUGAGGCAGGUAUUGUGUGGGUCAACUGCUCACAGCCAUGCUUCUCUCAAGCUCCAUGGGGUGGGAAAAAGCGUAGCGGUUUCGGUCGUGAACUUGGAGAAUGGGGACUUGAUAAUUACUUGAGCGUGAAGCAGGUGACACAUUAUAUCUCCAACGAGCCUUGGGGUUGGUAUACACCUCCUUCUAAGCUUUAGGAUGACAAAAAAGUCUGUACCGUUUGGCACUUGUGUUCUUGCAUUAGUUACCUAUGUAAUAUGUACGAGUCAGAUCUCCCGAGUAGAAAUUUUAAUAAUAAGUAUGACUUCUGAUUAUAAGCCUUAAGUGCGAAAUGCUUGGUAUUUUGAUCA